CUUGUACAAAACCAUCAAUUACACCCUUUUUCUUUUUCCUCUUCUUCACUUUUGCUUUCUAAAAAGCAUUACAUUACAACUACAUUAUAGACUUUAUACUACUAAUUCUAUCAAAUAUCAAUACAUCAUCCUUCUUCUUCCACCCCCUUUGUUGGGUUCUUCACCUUUUUUUGAUCCAUAUUAAUUUAUUAAUAUUUUCCAUUUAAUUUAGCAAAUAAUCCAUACAUAUAUGAUCUUCCUACAUUGUUAAACUAAUUAACUGCAAAACCCUAAUUUACAAUGACUAGGGUGAGUCCUGAGCUUGAUUAUGAGUUGCAUAGUGAUUCGGUUCUAUCAGUUUCGGUUGAUGUUAGCUUUCCUGCAAAUGGUUUUCCGAAGUAUAAAAUUGGACCCAAUAAUGAAAUUGUAGAAGAGCCAAAGCGUAAUCCGGAUUCUCCGCCUCUUAAGGAGGUUGUAGUACAAGAAACUCAGCAGUUAGCCGAGCAACACAAACGUCUUUCCGUUAGAGAUCUUGCAACUAAAUUUGAUAAGAAUUUGUCUGCAGCUGCUAAACUAUCAGAUGAGGCGAAGCUUAGGGAUAAACCUUCUUUGGAAGGACAUGUUCUUUUGAAAAAACUAAGAGAUGCUUUGGAGUUGAUGAAAGGAUGCAUGACUGGUAUAAAUAAGGAGGAAGUUGAGCAAGCUAUAUCGUUGGUGGAGCUUUUGGCGGUUAAGUUGACACAGCAAGAAGGAGAAUUUAUUCAAGAGAAGUUUGAAGUGAAGAAACUAGCAAAUUUUCUUAAGCAGGCUUCAGAUGAUGCUAAAAGAUUGGUAAGCCAGGAAAGAUCCUUCGCUUGUGCUGAAAUCGAGAGUGCUAGAGCUGUAGUACAAAGGUUUGGUGAGGCUCUUGAAGAAGAAGAAAAGCUAGCUCAAAAUUCAGGAAAGCAGGAUGUAGAGAAAUUGGUGGAGGAGGUUCAGGAAGCUAGACGAAUCAAAAUGAUGCAUCAACCAUGCAAGGUGAUGGACAUGGAACAUGAGCUUCGAGCUCUUAGACUUCAACUACGAGAGAAAUCCAUAUUUUCUGCUAAGCUUCAAAAAGAGCUGGCAAUGAGCAAGAGAGCAGAAGAAAGUAGACUGUGUGUGUACCAGCUGGAAGGUGCUCAAACCUUAGGUUCAUGUAUUAGGAUCCGACCUCGUGCUAAUAAUGCUCCCGAUCUUUCAAAAUGUUCAAUUCAAUGGUACCGUGUAUCGUCUGAGAGUGAGCAUAAAGAAACCAUGGCAGGUGCCAAUAAACCAAUCUACGCGCCUGAACCUUUAGACGUGGGCAAAAUUUUGCGAGCUGAUAUCGUUUCUGAUACUCAGACAAUUUCUGUGACAACAGUUUCCGCCAUUGAUCCUGCCCCUGGAUUGACGAGCUAUGUGCAAUCACUUCAGCGGAAGUCCAAUGCUGAUUUUCAUGUGGUGAUAUCCCAGAUGAACGGACAAGAUUAUCCGUCACAUUCUGUUCACAUAUUUAAUGUGGGAAAAUCGAGACUAAAACUCAGUCGAGGGUGGAUAAAUAAGACUAGGGAGUCUUAUUCUACCGCAAUGCAGUUAUGUGGUGUAAGAGGAGGCGGUAAUGCAGCUUCGAAAUCAUUGUUUUGGCAAGCAAGGAAGGGAGUUUCCUACGUUUUGACAUUCGAAACAGAACGAGACAGAAACGCUGCCAUUAUACUCGCUAGAAAACACGCCCUUGAUUCCCAUGUUGAACUUGCUGGACCUAACGAGUGAUGACAGAACCCGAAUCAAAUCCUAACUGAAUUUACGCGAUCUUAACCUGAUUUUUGUUCCCCUUGAUUUUUUAUUUGUUAUGAAUUUCUUUGUGUGAUAAUUUUUUGUUGUAUAUUUGUGUGGUUUUAGAUGAAAUAUAUAGAAGAAUGGCUUGUAUUGGUUCUACUAAUCUGGUUGCAAUCAUAAUUUAGGCAGUUUUUUUUUUAUUUGCCUAAUUUCUGGUUGUAACUUUUCUAUUACGAGAUAAUUUAGUCGAGAUAUGAUCAUGAAAUUUGCUGAAAAAUAGCCAGAAUUGCAUGAUUUUGAUUCUCUUAUC